AUGACUACUUUAGUUCAACUGAUGUCAGGGAGAAAAAAAGAAAGUUCAGUAUGGGAGUAUUUUGUUUUUGAUGAAGAGAUAAAGAAAAGUAAAAACACCAGCAAUUUGAAGUUACAUUUAAAAUCAAAACAUGCUCCAGUCUCUAAUUUUGUUGAGUCAGUUGACAGAGAAAAGCAACAAAUUAAAACGCCUGCAUCUCAAGAACAAAAGGGCAAAUCUUGUGUUACUGUUAGUAAUGCCAAACAUGAGAAAAACAACAUCAAGUCCUUUUUUUCAAAUAUGAGUCAAUGGUCAGGAAAAGAGCAUGACAAACGUGUUGAAGCAGUUAUGAAAAUGAUGGUGCAUUAUAGCCGAUACCAUGCAGUAGAUCUUGAGGUUCUUUCAGAAACAACAAACACAAAAGUAGAUAAUGUCGUUCCCCAAGCAAAGCGCUUCAAAUUUGUAGCAGAAAAGAUUUUAAAUCAAAACCAAGUUUCGGCUACUAAAACAUCAACAUCAAUUCAGCAACAGUUGAACCAAUACAUGGAAUAUGUUAAAUCGAUCAAGUUUGAUAGUAUCGACAAUAUUUUCAAUUUUUGGACAUCACGAGAAACUGAAUAUAGUUUACUUGCACCAGUUGCGUUAGAUUUAUUAUCUGCACCUGCUUCACAAGCUUACGUUGAGAGGAUUUUUUCGGUUUGUCAGAUGCUUACAUCUGGAAAAAGGAACAAAUUGGGAACAAUGUUAGCCACAAGAGUGUAUUUAAAACUAAAUAUGCCAUUAAUUGAACAAUUUACUUGA